AUGUUACAAAAUAUUGUUUCAGGUCUAUCAUUUUCUACUGAGAAUAAAAAAUAUUACCUCUACAGUAUUGCAGUGAAGGCUGCCUUGGUUUUUCUAUUUAUGAGUGAAUUGUGGCAGUUUUUGAGUACGCAGUGGACUUUAGACAGAAUCACUGAUAGCUUAAACCUAAUAAUGAUUCAACUUGGUGCAUUCUGCAAAUAUAGGAAAAAGUUAGCCUACGAGAACGUGUUUAGAAGACUAGCUUCGUCCAUGAAUUCGCCGAACUUUGAUCUAUCGACGGAUGAAAGGAAAAAGUUGCUGCAAGUUUGGCAAAGGAGGAGUGUGGGUCAUUUAAAGCUACUUUUAGCGCUGGGGACAUGUACAGUUAUAGCGUGGCACAUCUAUCCUUUGGUGGACGAUUUAGAUUACAACCUAAUGGUACCAAUACGCCUACCUUUCACCUACCAGACUCAACUAAAGUACCCAAUCACCUACUUCCUGGUCAUCAUAGUAUUCUCCUAUAUGUCGUAUUUUGUCAUGGUGAACGACCUUAUCAUUCAAGCUCACGUUAUGCACCUGCUAUGUCAAUACACGAUUUUGGGUGACUGCUUUAAACAUAUACUGAGGGAUUGCAAAUUGGAUUUUCGUGACUUAAAUGAAACGCAGCUGUAUUCGAACAAAAACUUCCAACAAAAGUACAAGAAGCGACUCGGAGAUUUGAUACGCCAACAUAAAUGUAUUCUCAACAACACAUCAGACCUGCGAGAUAUAUUGAGUCCGCCAAUGUUAGCUCAACUGGCUGUAAGCACUACUCUUAUUUGUUCAAUCGGUUAUCAACUCGUUGCCACCUCAAUAAACGUGAAUGUAACAAAAUGGCUCAUGAGUUUUUUGUAUUUGGGAUAUAAUAUGUUUGGUCUGUACAUACUCUGUCGGUGGUGUGAGGAAGUCAAAAUUCAGAGUAAGGCCAUUGGAGACGCAGUAUAUUUCUCGGGAUGGGAGGAUGUCAUCACACAAGUGCCAGGAGUUCGUUCCAGUUUACUUUUGAUACUGGCUCGAUGCAACAAACCUCUUGUUCUGUCUGCUGGAGGCAUGUAUGACCUCUCACUUGAGGCUUAUGCAACUAUGGUUAAAACUUCAUACAGUGCGCUGACUGUGCUUCUACGAUUUCGCCAAAAUUAG